AACUUCAAUUUAAAAAAGGCCCAUUCUCUUUUUUCUCUCCCUCUCUUCCCCCACCUCUCCUUUCACAGCAAACCCUUUACUUUCGCCGCCUUCACUAGCGGGUCUGGCAACACCAUCAUCGGGAUCGGGAAGCUGGCGGCUCCUUCUAUCAGCCGGCUUUCUUCGAACCCAGUGGGUCUUCUCCUUUUCCCUUUUCCUCCCUACUCUGCCUACUCUUUAGAUAGGUGGGGUGCUAAGUGUCAUCGUUGACUUCAUCGUUAAUCUUAAGGUAGUGGUCUCUUUGUGCCGCUUGUCCUCCGAUCCAGUUGUGGGUCUCGAUGCUCCUUUGAUCGGUAUAAUCACGGGUCAUAAUGUCUUGUUGCCUGAUGGCCUCUUCAGUCGACGGGCUCCUCAGCGGUGUCACGGCCGAGUGAGAUGGCGUUCUUUUGCUUAUCGGUGAUGGCUCAUCCUCUGAGGAAGACUCCAAGCAGGCUCUUCGUCAUUGUCUAGGAGGAGGCUCAGCCUCGUUAGAUCAGAGUCGGGGGUUGUGUUGAUGCGCCGUCGAAGGUCGUAGUGGCCUUUAUCCUCCUCCUCUUCAUUUCCGACUACGGUGCAUUGUAGUGCCCCAUGAUCGAUUAGCGUCCCUCUCCCCGUUGAGGCUGCGCCUUUCCACCACCGAUUGAGGAUUCGACGCCCGUGAUUUGGCCAGCCCACUCCAAUCUAUAAUGCCGAGCCAGCCACCGUUAAUCAUUCAUGCCCUGGUCAAACUCGUCGCAAUCUGUCAUUCAUCGACCUCACCCAUUCUAUCAUGCCACUCCGACCCGAUCCAUCCAGCCGCGGCCCGACCCGAUCUACCAUUCAACACCUAACUCGUCACAACUAUCUUCUAGAGCAUCCUCUGGAGCCUCCCUACCUAUUCGAAUCCCCCCACUUUUGGAUGACGGCUUUUACUCUGCGAACAACCGCCAUCACACUGCGAUAGAAUCCACACCCUCCGCGCAAAGGAUUAUACUUCUAGCAAAAUUGAUCACACCAAUCGCCUGCACAAUCGACCUUUUAUGGUUACGCUCCUUUUUUGUUAGUUUGUACAGGUUUCAACUCCCCGACAACAUUUAUUGGUAUGAGCCGAUCAAGAAAGCUUGGUAUCUUGAUUUGGUGGUCUAGUUGGUAUUGAUUAGUUAGACUACCACUACUUUGAACAAAUCAAAAAAACCUUGCUAACUUGAUUUCGAGGAUUGACUAUUUAGGUUUUGGUUGGUUGUUUUGCUAGAUUUGUGAUCUGUGGAGGGUUCCUGCGUUAGGUAUCAGUUCGAAACUCCUCUUGGCUCUGCUUCCCUGUGAAGUUAUCUCUAUAUGGAUUACGCUAUACUCUAUUUCCUGAUUUUCACUAAGAUCCAUAUAGAGUUUAAUUGUAAGAGGUUGAGAACGAACUAUGGCAAUUGAAAUGAUCUCUAUAAUUGUGUCUAUGAUUACUUGAUAUGCUUCAGCCACUUGUAUCUCACUUUGUAGAGAUCUUAGGUGGAUCUGUUAUUUUUCCGAGCUCUAUAAUGUACCCUCUUUGAUAAUUUUUUCUUUAUAUCCGUUUUUAUAAUCAAUGGACAUUCAUACUUUCAAGCAAAAAAAAAAAAAAAAAAAGAAGAUAGUUAUGGGAUCCUUCCUUCAUCUUCGUGAAAGGCACGGAAAGGACAAAAGACGAUGGGGUUGGGCUCGAAAUGUCAAAUCAGCCCAUAGACCCUCAUUCUGAGUUCAACUUCUUUGCUUCGACAUGGCCUCGGCGAAUCAGCGAGCCCACUGGGUUAUAUAUAUAUAUAUUCGCUCGACCUGACUGUUCAUCGGAGACGAGCUCAGUCAGUUACGGCUCGGUUUUGGUCCUUCCAGAUUGCUUGAGCUGUAAGGUCUCCCUGAAAGAUUGGAAGAUCAGAAUCAUGCCACGGGGAUUGCAGAUUGCAGUCUGCAAAUCGCUUCUGAAGCGCCCCUUCAAAGUCAAAUCUUCGUGUACGCUAAGCCCGCUCAGUGCGUUUACGGCCGACGCCGGGCCGGACUGCUCAGUGGUCGCGCUGUCCAGACCUACGAUAGUCCCGAUUGGGACCUCCGUCCCUCACUUACUCAGACACCCUUUUGGCUCAAAUCUCGAAGGAUUGCUGACCGGACUGUCAGGAAGCGGGAACCGGAGGGGGCUCAGCAGUGAGUCGGGAAAUGAGCUGGCGACGGAGGUGGACCAGGACAAAGUGGUGGACUUGAUAAACAUUAAGUUUGCGGAGGCGAGGGAGGAGAUUGAGAUGGCUAUGGAAUCCAAGGAGACCGUUUAUUUCGACGAGGAAGCGGAGUGUGCCAGGGCUGUCGUGAAGGAAGUCGUUGACUUGUUCGAUGGUUUGUUGGCGAAGCUGCCAGAGAGUGAAAGGGCUGCUUUGCAGAGGUCAAUGGGGCUCAAGAUUGAGCAAUUGAAGGCCGAGCUUAAGCAGCUUGAUGAUUGAUUCCGUUUCACAGUGUACGAGUUUGCAUAUAUCGCAGGCUCGUUGAAUGAUAAAUCGCUAGAAGGCAGCAUUCCAGGCUUGGAAGCAGCUAUAGCAGCGGGGAGCCUUUGCCUGUACUUCUUCGCCAUCUGUUCCGCCUCUGAGAAUACUUUCUGCAUGAAAGGUUGUUGAGUAAGAUCAAUAAGGUUAAUACAGUGCGAGACUAAUGCUAAAAUUUUCAUAUGAUGUAUCAUGCUAAUAAACAUGAAGAUCGUCACUGCCAAAUGUAUUCGUUCACCUCCUUGUUAGUUAGGAAGAGCCCUGGUUCACUCUCAAGGUCUGCGAUGCUGCAAAAAUCGAGUAUGCAUCAAAGUCAAUUGGAAUAGCAGGCUGAUCGACAUGUGAAAAGCUUCUGACCAGAUAAUCACGCAACCUUUUUCUAUUCUUUGAUGAGAACAGUACCAAGCUAUCUUAGAUGAAAUAAGGAACAUAAAAUUACAUAAGCAUCUCCACAAUUUAUGUAUAAAAAAAAAAUGUGAAAGA